AUGAUCUUACGGUUAUCACGGGUUUUGCUCGCAUUUCUCGCGCUGACAGCGUCCAGGAUUCAUGCUGGAUAUUACGAGCCCACACAUAAUGAUAUUGAGACGGUAAGAGGGCAAAGAUUUUUGUCAUAAUUCGGUAAUAUGUUGUUGAUAAGAUAAUGAUGAUUUUAAAUUUUAUUUUUCAGUAUUUCGAUGCAGAUGCAGAUGAAUACGAGACGGUGCUGACGCCUUCAGAUUUUGCAGCAAUGUCAGAAUAUGGGCUGGAUACGGAGAGGCCGGCGGACGAUUUAUGGGACAGUGAGGCCAUGUAUAACCAUGACAAGUUUGAAGGUGACAUUGCGAAUGAUGUAAGUGAUGUGUUGAGCUUACGUAAAGUCUAGAACUUGGGCAAUUUUUAUCCUAUUUCGGUCAAAUGUCAUCAUUUAUAAAUAUCCAAACAUAUUUGCUAUAUUCAGCCUUAUUAGUCUCAUUCUUUUACUCUUGUAAAGUCCUUAAAUUUUCUUCUGUAUUUUUACUAUAUAUAAAACACUAUAGUUAUCACAAAUUUCCAGCUAAACGCCUCUUCCGUCGGCACUUUUAUCCAAGGAGGUCCGGUCAACACAAAUUCCACAAAAACCCAACUCAACGCGAUCCGCGAUCGUCGUCAACUCUGGAAAAACGGCCGAAUCCCCUAUGCCAUCAGCAGUCAAUACAGUGCGUACAGUCGGUCGGUAAUCGCAUCGGCGAUGCAAGAGUACUCAACGCACACUUGCAUUCAAUGGGCGCCCAGAACGGCGAAUGAUAAGGAUUAUGUGUACAUCAUGCCGGAUAGGGGAUGUUAUUCCAUGGUGGGCAGAACCGGUGGGCGACAGACAUUGUCGCUGGGAAAUGGAUGUAUUCAGAAGGGAAUCAUCAUCCAUGAGAUGAUGCAUGCGGUCGGGUUCUUCCACGAGCAGUCGAGAACGGAUAGAGACAGCUUUAUUACAAUCAUGUGGAAUAAUAUUCAGGUAAGGGAAGAUACUGGUGUUGGAAUGCUAGGUGUGACAAGGGCGGGAUUGUGGCAGAUUUUAAUCUUCUUUUUUAUAUUAAUUUUCUGAAUUUUGUUCGGAAAAAACUUAUUUUUGAUAGAAUCAUCAUAUUCCCCACCAUAAAUAGACUCUAUAUUUUCAAGAUCAGCUAAAAAUAGCAAGCCUAGAAAUUUAGAAACCCUUUGAAAAUUACCUUUCUACUUCGUUUCAAGUUUUUGCAAGAUCAAAGUGACGUAUCGGGGAACUUUCUUGACCAUCGAACAACAAGAAUAAUCGUUACUUUUUACAGGGUGGGGCAUCUUUGUGGCCAGAGGUUGUCUGAGAAUUUAGGUAAAAAAAAGAAUUUUAAGAUUUGGCCAAAAACUAAAGAAGUUAUAGAGAAUUCAAAGCGGACCACAAGGAUGCCCCACCCUGUUCUUUUUUUUAUCAAUUUUAACAUGUUCCUUUCCAGCCCGGAAUGCAAGGCCAAUUCGAGAAGUACAGCUCAGUGACCAUCCAAACCCUCGGCGCGGAGUAUGAUUUUGCCUCGAUUAUGCACUACGGCCCUAAGGCGUUCUCUCGAAACGGAAUGCCCACAAUUGUCCCCAAAAGGAAGGCCAAUAUUGGGCAAAGAAGUGGAUUCUCUCAAACCGAUUCCUUCAAAAUCAACACGCUUUACGAGUGCACCAACAGGAAUACAAAGCCAGUCCAGCCGGGUCAGCCGGUCCCACUGCCAGUCCAGCCAGUUCAGCCAACUCAAGCGCCCAGCCCUAAUGUUAUUGUGCUUACUUUGGCGCCACAAACUACAACGACAAUGCCGACAUUGGCCACAGCAGAGCCUUAUGUCAGUAGCCAAGCGCCGAAAGGGACGCUGGCUCCAGUUGCAGCGGCUAACUGUUCGGAUAAGAGGCCGGACUGCGAGCAGCUAGCUCAUCAAGGUUAGUGGAGGUUUGGGGGAAUAAUUUUAGGGUCUUGAGGCCUUUUUUGAUCGUAAUUUACUCGAUACGCCUUACCAACUCUCCUCAUUUUGCAUAGUAUCUCACAAGAAACCUUUAUUUCUCUUCAGGUUGGUGUCAACGCAAUCCCCCAUGGAUGCGUGACCAUUGCCCGCUGGCUUGUGGAAUGUGCGAGAAGUCCACGACCUGUGAAGAUCUCCGUGUCGAUUGUCCAGAGCUCGUCAAGCGACGAUACUGUAUCACUAAUCAGGAGUUCUCCAAGAGUUUCUGCGCCAAAUCUUGCGGAUUCUGCUUUGCGCCACCAACUCCUGAAAGUGCGGUUGCCGGAACAACACAGCCAACUAUCGCCACGAAACAACCGCUGGUCACUUUCUGGCCCAAUUCGAGGUGAGAAAAUAAUGAGCUUAGAUUGCUGAAAUGUCUUAUAGUCUUAUGUAGUCCUAUGCUCAGGUUUCGAUGACAAUUGGCAAAGAUUUUCAUAGAUUUUUAACCGUUUGUAAACAGAAUCGAUCAAGAUUUUUAGAUUUUUUCACGUAUACGGAUGGAAAUUUUGUGCUGCGUUUCUUCUAUAAUGUAAAAAAUUUAUUCAAGAAAUCAAUUUUUAUAUUCAAAAUUUAUAAGUAAAAAGCCAAAACCCAUCUUUUUCUCUGAUUUCUCUCCACAUUUCCUAUAGUCUCUAUGGUCGCAAACAUCACUGUGCUUUUUUGGCUGCGGCGCAAGAUGUGAGCUGAAAAUUUAAAACAUUGAUCUGUAUGCUGUUCAGAAUGAGUAUGCCAACUUUAAAGAAAAUCUGAGCGUUGCACUUUGGACAAUUCACUUAUUAAUUUAACUAUUAAAAUUUUACUCCAGGCCCUUAAAAUUAUUUGAAAACUCCAUUAAAUCUUGCCUAAAUGGUUCUCAAUGCAAAAUGCAUUCAAUUUCAGGCCUGAUGCCUCAACGGCAGCGCCCGCAACCCUAGCGCCAGUCUCCUGUCGAGACAAGAAGCACUUCUGCCCUCAUUGGAAGUCGGCCGGGUUCUGCUCCGGCAUCUUCCAAGCCUACAUGAAACAAAACUGUGCCAAUUCUUGUGGCUGGUGUUGA